GCUUCAACAGCCAACUACCCCGAAGGGUAAGGCCGCCAAAGUUUGUGGGUGCCUUGGCCAGUGCUUGUCCAAUUUUGAAAACUUAAAAGAGUAGAAAAGAACUAUGAAUCUGACACAAAGAAGAGUGAGUUCAAGAAUCCCUCAAGUAAUUGGAUUCGGAAGGUCCUUCAAGUCGUCCCUCAAUCCCUCCUCUAUUACCCACGGCAUCCACGUUUUCCAAUGCCCUGACUCUGUUGGUAUUGUUGCGAAGCUCUCGGAUUGUAUUGCUUCCAGAGGUGGAAACAUUCUCGGUGCUGAUAUUUUCGUCCCUCAGAACAAGAAUGUCUUCUACUCUAGAAGUGAGUUUAUUUUUGACCCCGUUAAAUGGCCGCGUGUGCAAAUGGAUGAGGACUUCCUCAGAAUUUCAAAAAUGUUCGAUGCAACAAGGUCUGUUGUCCGGGUGCCUAAGCUGGACCCCAAAUUCAAGAUUGCUGUUAUUGCUUCAAAGCAGGAGCAUUGCCUGAUUGAUUUGUUACACUCAUGGCAGGAUGGAAGGCUUCCGGUUGAUAUAACUUGUGUAAUAAGUAAUCAUGAUAGAGGCCCAGACACUCAUGUGAUUCGGUUUCUUGAACGGAAUGGCAUUCCUUAUCAUUAUUUACACACAACUAAAGAGAAUAAAAGAGAAGAGGAGAUCCUGGAUUUGGUUCAGAAUACUGAUUUUUUAGUUCUUGCCAGGUACAUGCAGAUAUUAUCUGGUAAAUUUCUGCAGAGCUAUGGAAAAGAUAUAAUUAACAUUCACCAUGGUCUUUUGCCAUCAUUUAAGGGUGGGAAUCCGUCAAAGCAGGCUUUUGAUGCUGGUGUGAAAUUAAUCGGUGCUACGAGUCACUUUGUUACUGAAGAACUUGAUGCAGGGCCUAUCAUUGAACAGAUGGUUGAGAGAGUUUCUCAUAGGGAUAAUAUCCAGAGUUUUGUGCGGAAAUCAGAGAACCUUGAGAAACAAUGCCUUGCAAAAGCUAUAAAAUCAUACUGUGAAUUGCGUGUUUUGCCUUAUGAGGAAAACAAGACUGUUGUAUUCUGAGGUGAAGACAAAGGGGAGAGAGCUGUUGACUGUUGUUACAAUCUGUAUGUUCGUGAGCCAUUCAUUUUUCCUAAUUAAAAUAUUCCCAGCACAAAUGUCGAGAUGAUGAUUAUUAUUUAUAUUCCAAACUCAGAAGAUAUCCUAGUGAAAUUUAAGCUAAUCUCUUUGGAUUUGAUUUAGUGAGAGUACCAGACAAAACUUAUCUUCUAUUGUUGCCGACUUACAGAAGUUCAUCUUUAGUUUGCA